UCAACCACAGCAGCUGCGUCUACGACAACCACUGCAGCUCCUACUAUAACAACUGCUGUUCUUACGACCACGCCGACUGCAGCAUCUUCUAAAACAACAUCAACUGCAGCUCCUAAGACUGCAGAACCUACCACGACAACCAGUGCAGCACCUUCUACAACAACUACAACAGCUCUUUCUACAACAACUGUAAAUCCUUUGACAACAAUAGUUGGUCCUACGACCACUAUUAUAUCAAUUAAUUCUGCAGGUCCUACAACCACCACCACAACUGGUAGUUCUCAUCCUACAACAAGGACUACAACUGCAUCACCUACAAGUACAAACACAAUUGUACUUCCUACAUCGACAACAAGAACUUCAACUUAUAUCUCAACUUCUAUGACAUCAACAACUAGAUUCGGCACAGUGGGAGUUUUUGUUAAACUGAUAUUCAACGUCAAAACACCAGUCCCCACUGAGGAUGAUGUCCUUGAUGCCGUCAAGAAGCAAUUGUCUCCUCAAUUCACGACCACUCAAACCACCUUCCAGAAUGCAACUUAUAUCAAACUUACAGAUACUUCAUUUGCCAUCGACCUUGGUUUCAAAAUAACCAAUGUAACCCAGGAGUCUCUAAGUAAUAGACUCACACUCACCAAUGAGACCCAAACCCAGAUACAGGAUUCAAUUAACAGACUACUCCAAAAGGUUCUCAGUGAACCAGACGGCAAACAGUUUCAAUUUCCCAACGCCAACCUCUUUGAUGAUGGCACUGAGAUCACGGCAAACGUGACAUAUGUAUACAAAGAGGAAGAUGUCAACCACCCUAGUGGUUUUCUACAGGAAGUCUUAAAAGUCUCAGGUCUCCUGACCACCACUGUUGCCCCAACAACAACUACCAACACCACACCACUUCCUACCCUUUUGACUUCAGUGACAUCAACAACUAGAUUCGGCACAGUGGGAGUUUUUGUUAAACUGAUAUUCAAGGUCAAAACACCAGUCCCCACUGAGGAUGAUGUCCUUGAUGCCGUCAAGAAGCAAUUGUCUCCUCAAUUCACGACCACUCAAACCACCUUCCAGAAUGCAACUUAUAUCAAACUUACAGAUACUUCAUUUGCCAUCGACCUUGGUUUCAAAAUAACCAAUGUAACCCAGGAGUCUCUAAGUAAUAGACUCACACUCACCAAUGAGACCGAAAACCAGAUACAGGAUUCAAUUAACAGACUACUCCAAAAGGUUCUCAGUGAACCAGAUGGCAAACAGUUUAAAUUUCCCAACGCCAACCUCUUUGAUGAUGGCACUGAAAUCACGGCAAACGUGACGUAUGUAUACAAAGAGGAAGAUGUCAACCACCCUAGUGGUUUUCUACAGGAAGUCUUAAAAGUCUCAGGUCUCCUGACCACCACUGUUGCCCCAACAACAACUACCAACACCACACCACUUCCUACCCUUUUGACUUCAGUGACAUCAACAACUAGAUUCGGCACAGUGGGAGUUUUUGUUAAACUGAUAUUCAAGGUCAAAACACCAGUCCCCACUGAGGAUGAUGUCCUUGGUGCCGUCAAGAAACAAUUGUCUCCUCAAUUCACGACCACUCAAACCACCUUCCAGAAUGCAACUUAUAUCAAACUUACAGAUACUUCAUUUGCCAUCGACCUUGGUUUCAAAAUAACCAACGUAACCCAGGAGUCUCUAAGUAAUAGACUCACACUCACCAAUGAGACCCAAACCCAGAUACAGGAUUCAAUUAACAGACUACUCCAAAAGGUUCUCAGUGAACCAGAUGGCAAACAGUUUCAAUUUCCCAACGCCAACCUCUUUGAUGAUGGCACUGAGAUCACGGCAAACGUGACGUAUGUAUACAAAGAGGAAGAUGUCAACCACCCUAGUGGUUUUCUACAGGAAGUCUUAAAAGUCUCAGGUCUCCUGACCACCACUGUUGCCCCAACAACAACUACCAACACCACACCACUUCCUACCCUUUUGACUUCAGUGACAUCAACAACUAGAUUCGGCACAGUGGGAGUUUUUGUUAAACUGAUAUUCAAGGUCAAAACACCAGUCCCCACUGAGGAUGAUGUCCUUGAUGCCGUCAAGAAACAAUUGUCUCCUCAAUUCACGACCACUCAAACCACCUUCCAGAAUGCAACUUAUAUCAAACUUACAGAUACUUCAUUUGCCAUCGACCUUGGUUUCAAAAUAACCAAUGUAACCCGGGAGUCUCUAAGUAAUAGACUCACACUCACCAAUGAGACCCAAACCCAGAUACAGGAUUCAAUUAACAGACUACUCCAAAAGGUUCUCAGUGAACCAGAUGGCAAACAGUUUAAAUUUCCCAACGCCAACCUCUUUGAUGAUGGCACUGAAAUCACGGCAAACGUGACAUAUGUAUACAGAGAGGAAGAUGUCAACCACCCUAGUGGUUUUCUACAGGAAGUCUUAAAAGUCUCAGGUCUCCUGACCACCACUGUUGCCCCAACAACAACUACCAACACCACACCACUUCCUACCCUUUUGACUUCAGUGACAUCAACAACUAGAUUCGGCACAGUGGGAGUUUUUGUUAAACUGAUAUUCAAGGUCAAAACACCAGUCCCCACUGAGGAUGAUGUCCUUGGUGCCGUCAAGAAACAAUUGUCUCCUCAAUUCACGACCACUCAAACCACCUUCCAGAAUGCAACUUAUAUCAAACUUACAGAUACUUCAUUUGCCAUCGACCUUGGUUUCAAAAUAACCAAUGUAACCCAGGAGUCUCUAAGUAAUAGACUCACACUCACCAAUGAGACCCAAACCCAGAUACAGGAUUCAAUUAACAGACUACUCCAAAAGGUUCUCAGUGAACCAGAUGGCAAACAGUUUAAAUUUCCCAACGCCAACCUCUUUGAUGAUGGCACUGAGAUCACGGCAAACGUGACAUAUGUAUACAGAGAGGAAGAUGUCAACCACCCUAGUGGUUUUCUACAGGAAGUCUUAAAAGUCUCAGGUCUCCUGACCACCACUGUUGCCCCAACAACAACUACCAACACCACACCACUUCCUACCCUUUUGACUUCAGUGACAUCAACAACUAGAUUCGGCACAGUGGGAGUUUUUGUUAAACUGAUAUUCAAGGUCAAAACACCAGUCCCCACUGAGGAUGAUGUCCUUGGUGCCGUCAAGAAACAAUUGUCUCCUCAAUUCACGACCACUCAAACCACCUUCCAGAAUGCAACUUAUAUCAAACUUACAGAUACUUCAUUUGCCAUCGACCUUGGUUUCAAAAUAACCAAUGUAACCCAGGAGUCUCUAAGUAAUAGACUCACACUCACCAAUGAGACCCAAACCCAGAUACAGGAUUCAAUUAACAGACUACUCCAAAAGGUUCUCAGUGAACCAGAUGGCAAACAGUUUAAAUUUCCCAACGCCAACCUCUUUGAUGAUGGCACUGAGAUCACGGCAAACGUGACAUAUGUAUACAAAGAGGAAGAUGUCAACCACCCUAGUGGUUUUCUACAGGAAGUCUUAAAAGUCUCAGGUCUCCUGACCACCACUGUUGCCCCAACAACAACUACCAACACCACACCACUUCCUACCCUUUUGACUUCAGUGACAUCAACAACUAGAUUCGGCACAGUGGGAGUUUUUGUUAAACUGAUAUUCAACGUCAAAACACCAGUCCCCACUGAGGAUGAUGUCCUUGAUGCCGUCAAGAAGCAAUUGUCUCCUCAAUUCACGACCACUCAAACCACCUUCCAGAAUGCAACUUAUAUCAAACUUACAGAUACUUCAUUUGCCAUCGACCUUGGUUUCAAAAUAACCAAUGUAACCCAGGAGUCUCUAAGUAAUAGACUCACACUCACCAAUGAGACCCAAACCCAGAUACAGGAUUCAAUUAACAGACUACUCCAAAAGGUUCUCAGUGAACCAGAUGGCAAACAGUUUAAAUUUCCCAACGCCAACCUCUUUGAUGAUGGCACUGAGAUCACGGCAAACGUGACGUAUGUAUACAAAGAGGAAGAUGUCAACCACCCUAGUGGUUUUCUACAGGAAGUCUUAAAAGUCUCAGGUCUCCUGACCACCACUGUUGCCCCAACAACAACUACCAACACCACACCACUUCCUACCCUUUUGACUUCAGUGACAUCAACAACUAGAUUCGGCACAGUGGGAGUUUUUGUUAAACUGAUAUUCAACGUCAAAACACCAGUCCCCACUGAGGAUGAUGUCCUUGAUGCCGUCAAGAAGCAAUUGUCUCCUCAAUUCACGACCACUCAAACCACCUUCCAGAAUGCAACUUAUAUCAAACUUACAGAUACUUCAUUUGCCAUCGACCUUGGUUUCAAAAUAACCAAUGUAACCCAGGAGUCUCUAAGUAAUAGACUCACACUCACCAAUGAGACCCAAACCCAGAUACAGGAUUCAAUUAACAGACUACUCCAAAAGGUUCUCAGUGAACCAGACGGCAAACAGUUUCAAUUUCCCAACGCCAACCUCUUUGAUGAUGGCACUGAGAUCACGGCAAACGUGACAUAUGUAUACAAAGAGGAAGAUGUCAACCACCCUAGUGGUUUUCUACAGGAAGUCUUAAAAGUCUCAGGUCUCCUGACCACCACUGUUGCCCCAACAACAACUACCAACACCACACCACUUCCUACCCUUUUGACUUCAGUGACAUCAACAACUAGAUUCGGCACAGUGGGAGUUUUUGUUAAACUGAUAUUCAACGUCAAAACACCAGUCCCCACUGAGGAUGAUGUCCUUGAUGCCGUCAAGAAGCAAUUGUCUCCUCAAUUCACGACCACUCAAACCACCUUCCAGAAUGCAACUUAUAUCAAACUUACAGAUACUUCAUUUGCCAUCGACCUUGGUUUCAAAAUAACCAAUGUAACCCGGGAGUCUCUAAGUAAUAGACUCACACUCACCAAUGAGACCGAAAACCAGAUACAGGAUUCAAUUAACAGACUACUCCAAAAGGUUCUCAGUGAACCAGAUGGCAAACAGUUUAAAUUUCCCAACGCCAACCUCUUUGCGUAUGGCACUGAAAUCAGGGCAAACGUGACAUAUGUAUACAAAGAGGAAGAUGUCAACCACCCUAGUGGUUUUCUACAAGAAGUCUUAAAAGUCUCAGGUCUCUUGACCACCACUGUUGCCCCAACAACAACUACCAACACCACACCACGUCCUACCCUUUUGACUUCAGUGACAUCAACAACUAGAUUCGGCACAGUGGGAGUUUUUGUUAAACUGAUAUUCAAGGUCAAAACACCAGUCCCCACUGAGGAUGAUGUCCUUGGUGCCGUCAAGAAACAAUUGUCUCCUCAAUUCACGACCACUCAAACCACCUUCCAGAAUGCAACUUAUAUCAAACUUACAGAUACUUCAUUUGCCAUCGACCUUGGUUUCAAAAUAACCAAUGUAACCCAGGAGUCUCUAAGUAAUAGACUCACACUCACCAAUGAGACCCAAACCCAGAUACAGGAUUCAAUUAACAGACUACUCCAAAAGGUUCUCAGUGAACCAGAUGGCAAACAGUUUAAAUUUCCCAACGCCAACCUCUUUGAUGAUGGCACUGAGAUCACGGCAAACGUGACGUAUGUAUACAAAGAGGAAGAUGUCAACCACCCUAGUGGUUUUCUACAGGAAGUCUUAAAAGUCUCAGGUCUCCUGACCACCACUGUUGCCCCAACAACAAGUACCAACACCACACCACUUCCUAUCCUUUUGACUUCAGUGACAUCAACAACUAGAUUCGGCACAGCCGUGGUUUUUGUUGAACUGAUAUUCAACCUCAAAAAACCAGUCCCCACUGAGGCUGAUGUCCUUGAUGCCGUCAAUAAGCAACUGUCUCUUCAAUCCAAGACCACUCAAACCACCUUCCAGAAUGCAACUUAUAUCAAACUUUCAGAUACUUCAUUUGCCAUCAACCUUGGUUUCAAAAUAACCAAUGUAACCCUGGAGUCUCUAAGUAAUAGACUCAAAUUCACCAAUGAGACCUACGUCCAGAUACAGCUUUCAAUUAAUACACUUCUCCGUCAACUUCUCAGUGAACCAAACGGCAACCAGUUUCAAUUUCCCAACGCCACCUUCUUUGAUGAUGGCACUGAAAUCAGGGCAAACGUGACAUAUGUAUACAAAGAGGAAGAUGUCAACCACCCUAGUGGUUUUCUACAGGAAGUCUUAAAAGUCUCAGGUCUCCUGACCACCACUGUUGCCCCAACAACAACUACCAACACCACACCACUUCCUACCCUGUUGACUUCAGUGACAUCGACAACUAGAUUUGGCACAGUGGUGGUUUUUGUUAAACUGAUAUUCAAGCUCAAAACACCAGUCCCCACUGAGGAUGAUGUCCUUGGUGCCGUCAAGAAGCAAUUGUCUCGUCAAUUCAGGACCACUCAAACCAACUACCAGAAUGCAACUUAUAUCAAACUUACAGAUACUUCAUUUGCCAUCAACCUUGGUUUCAAAAUAACCAAUGUAACCCUGGAGUCUCUAAGUCAUGGACUCACAUUCACCAACGAGACCUACAUCAAGAUACAGGAUUCAAUUAACAGUCUACUUCAUAAGGUUCUCAGUGAAUCAGACGGCAAACAGUUUCAAUUUCCCAACGCCAAAUUCGUUGCUGAUGGCACUGAAAUCACGGCAAACGUGACGUAUGUAUACAAAGAGGAUGAUGUCAACCACCCUAGUGGUUUUCUACAGGAAGUCUUAAAAGUCUCAGGUCUCUUGACCACCACUGUUGCCCCAACAACAACUACCAACACCACACCACUUCCUACCCUUUUGCUGACCACUCCUUUCAAUACCACAAGUGUUGGAGGUUUUCCUGGCUGGGCUUUGGCCAUUAUCAUUCCUUGUGGCAUCGCUAUCAUUCUGGUACCCCUGUGGAUCCUGCUAUGUUGUAUGCUAUGUGGCUGCUGUGCAGCUGUAAGGAGACGCUGGCACAGACGCAGAUCUUACAAUGUACAGUACACCACCAGAAACGGACUCUUCUGAGGUGACAACACUAACAUCAGUAGGCAACUGUCAUCACAAGAACAGUCAAUUAUCUAUCUAUAUCUGCUAAUCAGGAGGUUUCAUUGGGUACUUGUAUCUAUUUUUUUAACACAAAAAGAAAAUUCAUAAUGGGCUUAAUAAUCCACAGGUGUUUUGUGCAUUGUACAAUUUUUUAUGUUAUACAUCUGGUUGUUAAUCAAAGUUACAGCUGAGCUGAACAGCAUGUAUGUUUAUGUAUUUGUUAGCUAUGUAAUUUAUGUGGUUUCAAGCUGUGCUGUCCACUGACUAAAACGGUUUCAGUUAUUUAUUGAAUGUAUAAUAAGGUAGAUAAAAAUAUUAAUUUGAGUUUUGUUAUUUCCUCUCUUGAUUAACUAUUGACUAACUUAUUUUCAACUGCAAUACAGUACUUGUUUCUUCAACACACAGUUUGACAAAUGUAAUAAAGACUUUGCAAAUCAGUA